GCUCGAAGCUCAUAGUACCAGUUUUCAGGCUUGGCGCCGCGGAGUCGCUUCCUCUCCUCUUCAAGUGCGCAUGGUUCUCCUAACGUUAACUCAGCAAUCCUAGAUCACCGUGGCUCAUCAUUCCAGCUGAUCUUGCAACGAGUUCGAGGGAAACCUCCGCCUCAGGAUGGCGAGGCUCGGGCCGCUCUCCGCUCUCCUCGGGGCCCUCAAGUCGAGCCCCAAAGCAGACAUCCACAGCGCCAGUUUCAAGGUGCACUUCCAACUUACACCCAAGCUGAUGUUUAGUUUUCUUCUGCUGGUUAUUGCUUAUAAUCUGUUUGGUGAACCUAUAAGGUGCUUCGGCCGUGGCCUCAGUUUCUCGGAAGAGAGUCUCAACGACCUUUGCUGGGCUCGGAACAAUUUCAUAGACUUCAGCCCAAGACAUUUAGGAGGGUUUGAAGUCGCGCACCCUGGCAUUAGUAACGAUGACUUUGAAGAGAUAAAUUUACACGCUCACUCCCAGUUGGUACCGUUAGUACUGUUCUUGCAGGGCCUGGUGUUCUACAUACCGACGUGGCUCUGGAAGUGUUGCGAAGGAGGGAAGCUGCGGUCCCUCUCCGCCGGCCUCUCCGUUCCCUCUCUAGACACGGAGACGCGCCUCCAGAAAGUCCAGGCCCUCGCCAAGUACCUCCAUUCCUCGCUCCAUCAACACACCGCUUACGCCAUCUGCUACUUCGUCUGUGAGAUGUUGAACCUAGUCGUCUGUUUCUUCAACUUGUGGUUCAUGGACAUGUUUCUCGGCGGGGUGUUUUCCGGCCGCGGGCUGAGCGUCAUGGACCUCUUCCGGGACAGCGUGGAGGCGAGGGAAGCAACCGCCUUGACUUUCCCAAGAAAUUCCAAGUGCAUUUUUCACAGGUUUGGGUCUUCGGGUCAGAUAGAAAGGUAUGAUAUGGUGUGCACCCUGACCCACAGCGCCAUGUAUCUAAAGAUGUUCGCGUUCCUGUGGUUAUACUUCGUCAUCCUCUCUUGCUUGGGCGGGGCCGUGUUGCUCUCGUGCCUGCUGGUCUUUUCCUCCACCUCCGUCAAGUCCCACCUUCUGCGGAAACAGGGGAAUCUGUCCAUUGACAAUGUCGAUGCUCUUAUGGCAAAACUCCAGACUGGGGACUUCUUCCUCCUGUAUCUUCUCAGUAAAAACGUGGAUUUCCAUGUCUUCGGUCUGCUGAUGGAGGACUUCUCUGGCAGAGUUACGGGCCGCAGGAAAGCGGGGAUGGAUCCAGAGCUAGAGGGUAAGGCCACGGACAUCACUCCUGUUUAAUUUUUUCGACAGCAAAAUGCAUGUAGAGACGGGGAUACCUUUUUGGAAAAGGAAAGGCACCACCUGUUCGCCUCUUUUCGAAUUCCUCAAAGCAGAUAUUUUUGGUGGGUUUCCCUCUAUCAAAUUUAAACCUUUUCUCUCUUUUCUUUGAACUGCAAUCACCGCUAUAGUAGUUACCAUUAUUGUUGGUACGCCUUCCUCAUACCAUGUGACCCUUUUCUCGAGGGAGCGACGGGCGGAAAAUGAACCGAACAAAGCUUGAAUUUUGACCACCUUGCCUCAGCAAAUACGUUUCUAUUCGUUGGCCACGAAAGCUCAGGGUUUGCUGAUGCCGAUAUUUAGUCAUUUAGUGUCUGUGUGACACAGCAUUAUAUAAAUGAUAAUAAAGAAUGAUUAUUGAUGA